AUGCCAGUCACAUCUGGCUUCAACAUCCUCACUGAUAUAUGGAUUCUCAUCCUCCCAAUAAAGACCCUUUCCGGUAUUCUGCGUCCACGCCGAGAGAAAAUCGCCCUCGCCAUCAUUUUCGGCGUUGGCGCAUUCGCCACAAUAACAUCUAUAAUCCGACUUCAUACCAUAUACACCUACACCCUUGCCAAAGAUCUGUUCCAAGAGAGCAUCCUCGUCAAUGUCUGGUCCAUGCUGGAGAUCAACAUCGGCAUUAUCUGCGCCAGCGUCCCCGCCCUCAAGCCCCUCUUCACCCCACGAGCCCUUCGAGACGCUGUUAAUCGAAACAAGAGGACAGGAUACCAAUACCACAGCCAAGAUAGAUCCGGAUAUAACUCGAACAAGUCGAAUAACUCGAAGUCGGGAGAUCGCGAAGACCAACAAGCUUACGAUUUGGAGCGAAUCGGAGGAGAGCACACGACCAAGACCGUCGAUGAAUCUGAUUCAAAGGCCGAAGAAGCAAAAAGACACGAGGUGACGAUUAUUGAGUAA